AUGGACCUUGCCAGCUGCCAGCCCGCAGCCACCGGGACUGGGGGGAGGCUCUCGCCACGGCCGGCGCUCCGGCACAGACUGUCGCGUAGCUCGCUCUGGGGCACGGCGAGCGGGGAGGACGAGCUGCAACGCCCCGGGCCCCCCUGGACCUGCGCCCCCGCGCCCCCUCUGCAGAGACCCCGCUCCCGCCGGCCCACCGCCGAGCCGGCCGCCGGCCACAGCAGCGGCGGCAAGGAUGCUCGGCCGCCCCGUGGGCUGGGGGACAGCACAGGUCUGGCAGUUCAUCAGAUAAUCACUAUUACAGUGUCCCUCAUCAUGGUCAUAGCUGCGCUGAUAACAACUCUUGUCUUAAAAAAUUGCUGCGCGCAGAGCGGGCGCCCGCGGCGCAACAGCCACCAACGCAAGCUGGACCAGCAGGAGGAGAGCUGCCAGAACCUGACGGACUUCGCCCCCGCCCGCGUGCCCAGCGCCCUCGACAUCUUCACCGCCUACAACGAGACGCUGCAGUGCUCCCACGAGUGCGUCCGCACCCCCGUGCCCGUCUACGCGGAGGACACGCUGCACUCGCCCGGGGAUUACAAAACCACCUUCAAUGGAAACAGACCCUCUUCUUCUGACCGGCAUCUUAUUCCCGUGGCCUUUGUGUCUGAGAAAUGGUUUGAAAUCUCCUGCUGACUGGCCGAAGCCUGUUUGACUUCUGGGGGCAGGGCAGACGCCAGCGGGCUGUUUCCUGGUACGUACCGCGCUCCCUGCGUCCAUCCCGCAUCCCUCCCGUGCCCGUCGUACCCUGCCUGGUGCCAUCCUCCCAUCUGCACUUCCUUCAGUGUCACUGGAUGUAUUUCAUGCCGUGGAAGAGGCAUUGGGAUC